AUGACCAUCUCCUCUGAAUCCAGUGCGCCUCUCAUCGCCGUCGUCGGCUCAACGGGCCUACAGGGCGGCAGUGUGAUCAACAACCUUGCGGCAUCGGAUAAGCCUUACCGUAUUCGUGGCCUCACUAGAGAUGCGAAGAAAGAGAAGGCUCAGGAUCUUGCCAAGCGGGGCGUCGAGGUUGUGACCGUUAAUCUGUCCGCUGAUAAUGCUGAAGGAAUCCAAAAGGCAUUCCAGGGUGCAACCUAUGUGUUCAUCAUGACCAAUUACUGGGAACACGUCGACAAAGACCGUGAGGCCGCCGAGGGCAAAACUUUGGUCGAGGCGGCCCACAAGGUCGGAGUGAAACUGCUUCUGAUCUCCUCCGCACCCAAUUGCACCAAGGCGACGAAUGGAAAGCUCACAAAAGUUUAUCACUUCGACUCGAAGGCGGAAAUCCCCGAUCACGCGCGAGCCGUGGGUGUGCCCUUUGUCGACAUCCACGCCGCUGGGUACAUGAACAACUUCACCACAUUCACCCGUCCCAGAUCUGCUGGGGAUGGCUCUUUUGCCAUCGACGGUACCUGGCCUGAGGACAUGCGCAUGCCGCUCCUCGACACCUACCAUGAUUUUGGUUUGUAUGUCCAGCUGGCUAUCGAGUCGGAUGAAUUCAACAGAGGAGAUGGCAAAGUCAUCUGGGCUUCUGCGGACCUGGUCACGCCUCCCGAUCAAGUGAAGACCAUCGCUACCGUCACGGGCAAAAAGAUUGCGUACAACAGGGUUACGGAGGAGCAAAGCAGGGCGGGUAUGGCGCAGGCUGGCCUCCCGCCUUUUGUUGUCGAUGACAUGAUCGAAAUGUUCAAAUUUCAUGAGAUCUGGAACUCCGCCUAUGAGGCCGGCAGUUACAUCGACCCUGCCAAACUGGCACGUCGACCGCGCACUUUCAAGGAAUAUGUUGAGAAUGAGGACUGGAGUACCGUGUUCGUGUGA